CAUAAGCAUAUCGGUGUAAGCGUAUCGGUGAUGAACGAACCAUAUGUUAUGUAACAAACCCAUUUGAAAGCUUCUAUAUAAAUGAGAGUAAACGCAUAUAGUCCCUCUCAAUCUCCCAUUCCAUACCUUCUUCCCUUCCACAUACCCGCCCCACCCCGUCUUUUCACCAUGUUCUCCAGUACAUUCCAACCUGCAAAACUCUUCUUCCAUCUCAUUGCAUUCACCAUCUUCUCCCUCCUUCCCCCCUCUACUAACUCAAUUUCCUUCCAAAUCCCUCACUUUGAUCCAAAUGCAACCAACAUGGUCUAUGAAGGCGAUGCGGUGACGUUCGACGGAGAAAUCCGACUGAAUCGAGUCGACUUCAUAACUCGAGUCGGACGGGCCACUUACUUCCAACAUGUCCACAUCUGGGACCCGUCCACACAGGACCUCACAGACUUCACUACCCGUUUCUCCUUCAUCAUCGACACUCGCAACUUGUCCACCUACGGCCAUGGGAUGGCCUUCUUCCUCGCUCCCAUUGACACCCAAAUCCCACCCAACUCCCCCGGCGGGUUCCUUGGACUAUUCAACACCACCACCCUCACCUCCCCAUCCAGCAACCAAAUCAUGGCUGUUGAGUUCGACUCAUUCUCGAACCCCGAGUGGGACCCGCCGGUCGAACAUGUGGGUGUCAUCGUCAACUCGCUCUCUUCCACUGCCUAUGUGAGUUGGAACGCUAGCAUGCAUAGCUUGGACGUCGGCAACGCUUUGAUUAGUUAUAAUUCUACCACCAAGAAGUUGAAUGUUAGUCUCACCUAUGAUCAGACUCCUAAUAAGAGUUACAAUCUUUAUUAUGAUAUUGAUUUGCGGAAAAUCUUACCUGAGUGGGUUAAGAUUGGAUUCUCGGCUGCGACGGGUACGAACACAGAGAUUCACAGAGUUCAGUCAUGGGAAUUCAGCUCGACGUUAGAAGGAACUGAAACAAUGAAAGAUGCGAUCACCAGAACAAACGGUACUCAAGAUCGAACGAUCAGAUGGUUAGUGGGUGUGAUUGUUCUCUUGGGUGUCUUGAUUAUCGCCUCGCUUCUUUUAUAUUGGGUUGUUUUGAGGAAGAAGCAAAGCCGAACGGUGGCGAAUGCGAGGGAAAUGGCGAAUCUCACAUCAAUAAACGACGAAUUUGAAAGGGGAGCUUUGCCUAAGAGAUUUUCCUAUGAAGAGCUGGUCUUGGCUACUAACAACUUCUCUGAAGAACGGAAGCUGGGCCAAGGAGGAUUUGGAGGUGUCUACAUGGGGUAUCUGAGCGGUCUGGAUUUAACAGUGGCCGUGAAAAGAAUCUCGCAAGGAUCGAAACAAGGGAAGAGAGAAUACAUGACUGAAGUGAAGAUCAUAAGCCGGCUGAGGCACCGGAAUUUGGUGCAACUCAUCGGAUGGUGCCACGAUAGGGGCGAAUUCUUGCUUGUCUAUGAGUUCAUGCCCAAUGGAAGCCUUGAUGCUCAUCUAUUUGGACGAAAGGGCCCACUCACAUGGGCCCUCCGAUUCAAGAUUGCACUUGGGCUCGCCUCCGCACUGCUCUACCUCCAUGAAGAAGGAGAGCAGUGUGUGGUCCAUCGCGACAUCAAAUCAAGCAAUGUGAUGUUGGAUUCUAGCUUCAAUGUCAAGCUUGGCGAUUUCGGUCUUGCUAGGUUGAUGGACCAUGAGCUGGGACCGCGGACAACGGUCUUAGCUGGGACACUGGGCUACUUGGCACCGGAGUGCAUCAACACAGGCAAAUCUAGUAAAGAAUCAGAUGUUUAUAGCUUUGGGGUGGUAGCGUUGGAGAUUGGAUGUGGGAGAAGGGCUGUAGACCCCAACAUGGAAGAAUCCAAGGUGAGAUUGGUGGAUUGGGUGUGGGCCAUCUAUGGGAGAGGACGACAGCUGAUAGACGUCGCGGAUGAGAGAUUGGGCUUGGAUUUUGAUCAGAAACAGAUGGAGUGUUUGUUGAUUGUUGGGUUGUGGUGUUGUCACCCUGAUCUCAAUAUGAGACCUUCUGUAAGGCAAGCUAUUCAGGUUCUUAGUUUUGAGGCACCAUUGCCUAAUCUCCCGAGCAAGUUGCCAGUCCCCACGUAUGUGCCUUUGCUCCCAUCGGUGAAUUCUAGCCAUCCAUCAAUCACGACUUCGAGCAUCGCGGAGGGCCGUUAAUGUGUGGGUCCAUCCAUGUCUAUGUGUUUUGUAUCAUAUGUAUGCGUUUUGGUGUGUAUGUGUGUAUUGUUCUCUUGGAAGGUAUGGUUUAAUAUUCUGUUUUUUAAUAAUGAAUUCUAGCCAUCUAUCAAUCACAACUUCAAGUAUAUCAUGGUGGGCCAUUAAUGUGGCCCGUAUGUGUUUGUUUUGUAUUGUAUGUUUGUGUUUUGGUUUGUAUGUAUGUAUUGUUCUCUUGCAAUGUAUGGUUGUAAUCUUCCCUUCUUCAUAAUGUUUAAUGUAUGCAUUUGCUCCUUGCAUAACGUGUAUAAGCUAGUCAGCAAAAAUUAUAUCACCAUACAUGUAGCAAGCAAUUAUGAGAUCCGGAGAUUCCGGACCGUUUAUCGGCCGGAAUAUUUGACAAAAGAUGUCCAUGCCCCAAUAUAAACCACAACACUAAGUAGCAUUUGAUUGCCAAUGGACAGUUAGCAAAGACGACGGUUCGUCAACCAGUGUCUACGAUCAUCUGAUGAACGGUUCAGAUUAGUGGGGGUGACAGGAGCAUAGAGAUAAGGGUAGUUGAUGAGUGACUUAUAACCGUUUAACACUGGAUACUUGCUAGAUGAUGGCUAAAUAUUCCACGCACGUGUACACGUGCAGCCAAUCAAACCGUACAUUUGUGGGGCCCACCUUC